AUGUACUGUCUCACCACUUUCUUUCUUUCUUUUUUCUUUCUUUCUUUUUUCUUUCUUUCUUUAUUCAGUUCUUUCAUCUUUUCUUUCUUUCUUUCUUUUAUAUCUUUCUUUUUCUCUAUCCUUCUUUCUUUUCUUUUUCUCUCAAUGUUUUUUUUCUUUCUUUUUGUUUCUUUUCUUUCUUUCUUUCUUUUCUUUCAGUGUAUCAUCUUCUUUUUUUCUUUCUUUCUUUUUUUUUUUUGGUUUUUUAGUUUUUUUGUUUUUUCUUUCUUUCUUUCUUUCUUUCUUUCUUUCUUUAUUUUUCUUUCUUUCUUUCUUUCUAUGUUUUCUCUCACCUUUCUUUAUAUCUUUUUCUCUCAAUUUGUCUCUUUCUUUCUUUCUUUCUUUCUUUCUUUAUUUAUUUAUUCCGUUCUUUCUUUCUUUCUUUCUUUCUUUCUUUCUUUCUUUCUUUCUAGUGUUUUCUCUAUCACUCUCUUUCUUUAUAUCUUAAUUUCUCUCAAUGUACUGUCUCGCCGCUUUCUUUCUUUCUUUCUUUUCUUUAUUUCUUUCUUUCAGUGUAUCAUCUCCCUAUCACUCUGUUUUUAUAUCUUUCUUUCCUUCACUUUUUUUUUUGGUUUUUUUAUCUUUUUGUCUCUUUUCUUUCUUUCUUUCUUUCUUUCUUUCUUUCUUUCUUUCUUUCUUUCUUUCUUUCUUUCUAGUGUUUUCUCUAUCACUCUCUUUCUUUAUAUCUUAAUUUCUCUCAAUGUACCGUCUCGCCGCUUUCUUUCUUUCUUUCUUUCUUUCUUUAUUUCUUUCAGUGUAUCAUCUCUCUAUCACUCUGUUUUUAUAUCUUUCUUUCCUUCACUUUUCUUUUUUGUUUUUCUAUCUUUUUGUCUCUUUUCUUUCUUUCUUUCUUUCUCUUCAUUCUUUAUAUCUUCCGUUCUAUCACACCUUCUUUCUUUCUCAUUUAUUUACUCUUUUCUUUCCAUUUCUUCUUUCUUUCUUUACUUUCUCACUUUUCUGAUUUUUCUUCAUCCUUUGUAA